GUCAAGCCUCUGAAUGACUUGAUCCGUUCCGUUCCUCAUCCGUUGGGUCCGCGAGCCGAAUUACAACAAAUCGCCAAACUAUUCCACCUGUCAGUGAAUUUCACCCGUUUGCCUAAACCAACAACACAUCCGCACUCCCCGGGGUACACCCAGCCAGUUGUUUUGCACCGGGUUGCUUUGCAUUUUGCUGGUCGCCAAUACGUGAGUGAAAGUACCGCACGGUCCACGGCGGAACAGGAGGCAGCCUGUGCUGCACUAAAAGCUUUGCGCCGAGCGCUGCUAUUUGUCACGGGGAAGUCAGUGGACGAAAGUCACACCGAAUAUCAGAAUCCGAUUUUUCGACUUGACAGUGCUGUGUGGCGACUUCGUGUAAUUGGACACUUACAUGGCGAGAGACCGAUUUUUGUGAUUCAGUGGCGUCUUGCCUGCGAUCGAGCUGAACUCAGAUAUGGACAAGAAAUCAACCCAAUUCAACGUCUACACUUUGUCUGUGUGGCGAAACAACUUCCUGCACCCGUGUUUGAGCUUCUAUCCACGAUCCCCGAGUCUACCAGUCGUCCUUCUCCCGUACCCGCUACUCGUCCCCCACCGGAAUUCACAUAUCGGGUUCGUCUGAGCACGGGUUGCAUUCAAGGUCCACCGGCGUACAACAAGCGUUUGGCCAAACGUCUGGCGGCUGAGGCCACGCUGUCGCAUUUGGGCUUUCAGAUCCCGGAGCCAGUGGAACUACCGAGUGCACUGCAUUCGCCUCGAGCCCAGGAUCCUGUUUUCGAUUCAUCCUCGAUCGUGUCCAACGGUUCUCCUUCAUCCGAGGUCACAGAUCCCCCUUCGAACAACACUGGUCAGGGUUCUUUAAAGGAACGUCAUGUGGCAUUUAGUUGCACUCGAGAUGUAUUGAUUAUCGAGGAAAACGGUGUUGUUCCGUGGAAGCGUACUCAUCGUUCGACAAGGGUCACCGGCUCGAUUGGGCACCUUGGACCCUGUCCGAAGGCUGUAUCAUCCGAUUCACUGGACAUCGGUCCCCAACAGAUUGCGGUUUCCACUCACCGCCCCGCUGCCUUGCGGGUCAGGUUUUGGGUAGUCAAAGGCUCCGAUUGUGCAUUCUCCAAGGAAAGUCGAUUGAUUACCUUGGCCUGGUCAACCUAA